GAUCCUUGUACACAGGCAGCUUUUUAAACUGAUAAUGGCUCUAGGGAUGUUAAACAUGCUGCUACAGCAAGUGCAGCAGAUGCUUAUUCUAGCCUUGUGAAAGAACUUUUCACCCAUGUGAGAUGUCACCUCAAGUUUUUAUGGACGUUUCUUAUGAUACUUGUACUUCUUGACAGGUGCAAGAAGCCAUUCUGGGAGAUGAAUCUGCACCUUCAGUGUGUGGUAAGUGUAAGAUAUUCCUGUGCUUUCAAAUUUCGUAAUUCUAGAUGGUGAAGAAAAAGAAACAUCUUUCUUUUUUAUACAGAUUUGUUUUCAGAACAUUCAUUUGAGGACAUAGUAUCUUUCUUAACGGCAUUUUUUGCUUUUCAGUCCUCUUCCAGAGAUGGCUUCUGAAGCAUACAUAUUAGGCCCUACGAGUUUGACCCUAAGUGGCUUUAAAUUAAUGUUCAUUUUGAGGAGUCAGAACUCAGAGAGAUAAUUUCAAAGAAUUAUUGUUAUAUGCAGUGAAUAACUUGCUUCAUUGUGCA